AUGAGUUUGAGCGACUACGAGAAUCAUAAAAGGCCAGAAUUGGUUUCGUUUGACGAUAUUGACUACGAAAAGUUCCCCGACGUGCAACAAGCCAGAAAGUCGAUGAUGAGAGAACAAUGGAUCAGAACAUACGCUUUAAGAGUGACCCACGAAGCAUUGAGAAAGUGCAAACAAUACCACGGUGAAGACGCACAAAAGAACUGCAGACCUUUGGUUUUGAAGUACAUGAAGAUGAUUGAAUCAUACCCAUUGCAAGGUUACUUGGGCUACCAAAAGAACGAUCCAUCCCAAUAG